GGUUGGUGUGAUGCUGUGCACACUCUCGUCACUUUUCCUGUUGAACAUUCAGUCUGGAAAACUACAGGAGUGACAGUAAGGCGAAUCAGAGCAUGAAGAGGCAACCCAGCAUUGCAUCAUCACCAUCAUGACGUCCCUGAAAACAUCUGUGUCCUUUUUACUGCUCAGCAUCACUGUAUGUAAGAAAUCCAAUUUCUUUUUUUGUUCCCUGUAUUUUGAAGUGCCCCUCCUAAAUAGAGAGAAUAUGUUCAUUCUUUCACCUUUGUGCCUAUUUUCUAAGGUUUUUUUCAUCCUCACACUCUACCCGAAUCUGCUGAAAGCACAGUUUGGAACAACACCCAACAUUAAACACAUUGUGGUUGGAAGGUGCUACAGUUACAUCACACUGGUUCAGCCCAACUUAAGGUAUGAUUGUGAGGAGAUCUGGCAGCAGUUUGAGGAGGCGGUUGUACGUCAGUCUUCUUGUAAUGUGAUGGUGGACUAUCAUCAUCAGAUGUUUGAUGCUGUACCCCAAUCAUGCCCUUGCGACAGGUUCCUUUUCUGGAGUAAAACCAGGAAGCUGAUGCACAGCUAUGCAGCUGUUUCACAUCAGUUCUGGACCCUGGAGGACACGCUGGUUGGCUACAUGUUCAAUGACCUCAUCUGGUGUGGACAAGAUGAAGAGUCAGGUUUUGAUUUCGGCUCUUGUCCCCAGUGGUCAGCUUGUAAUAAUAAUCCAGUGUAUUCCUUGUGGAGGCAGGCUUCACAGAAUUUUGCAGAGAUGGCAUGUGGAAACAUCACCGUAUUGCUGAAUGGUUCAAUCGAGAGUGCCUUUAAUAAGAAAAGCAUGUUUGGAAGUGUUGAACUGGACAGCCUGAAUCCACACAUCGUGGAUUAUGUCAACAUAAAGGUGGUGUUCAAUCUGGAUGGACCCUUUCUCGAGUCAUGCCAUCAAGGAUCUAUUGUAGACUUGAUCCAAAUCCUACAGCUUAGAGGAUUCCGCUGGACCUGCACAGACAGUGAUCAGACCCUGAUGAUACUUCAGUGUAUCCAGAACCCCCAACGCUGCUCCUGCCAGACGUGUGCAAACCACCAGAUACACACCUAAACCCAGCUUAAGUUGUGGCUGCCAUUUUUCAAAGUGUGGUCAUUUGUAUCAUGAUAUUUAACUUUGCACUCCAU